AAGAAUAAAAUCAAACCUGAGAUUGUUCAUCGCGAAUUAGCGAUCGUUUUUUUGGGUCUUUUGGUUGCAGAGGAAUAUAGGUGUAUCAAAAGAUUAGUCGCUUUACAGCUCUGUAAAUGGUGGCGAUUGAUCAUGGAAACACGACGGUGAAUGAGAAGGAGCACUCUAGGAAACGCCGACGUUUGGCUUGGGAUGUUGCGCCAGAUACUCCAGGAAAUCGAGGAAUCGAGGCCGAGGGAAAGGGUAUAGAAACACAUAGAGUAGAGGUUCCACCUCGGUCUCGGUACCUGUCACCACCUAAGAGAGACGAUAACCACGAGGGCCAUUACGUCUUCAGUCUAGGCGAAAACCUGACACCAAGAUAUAAAAUUCUCAACAAAAUGGGUCAAGGCACCUUUGGUCGAGUUUUGGAAUGUUGGGACCGUCAAACCCGAGAUUUUGUAGCUAUUAAAGUUAUACGAAGCAUUGAAAAAUAUCGUAAAGCAGCAAUGGCUGAGGUUGAUGUGCUCCAUCGUCUUUGUGAGAAUGAUACAGCCUAUUCACAUUGUGUGCAGAUACUGGACUGGUUUGAUUAUCGCAAUCAUAUAUGCAUUGUGUUUGAGAAGCUUGGACCAAGUUUAUAUGAUUUUCUGAAGAGAAAUAGGUACUGCCCACUUCCUGUGGAUCUGGUUCAGGAUUUUGCUCGUCAGCUUUUGGAGUCUGUGACAUAUAUGCACCAUUUACGGUUAGUCCACACUGAUCUAAAGCCAGAAAAUAUACUCCUUGUGUCUUCUGAAUGUGUGAUGCUUCCAAGCUUCAAGAGGAGUUCAGUUGAUACAGCUGUCAAGUGCUUGCCAAAAUCAAGUGCUAUUAAGGUGAUUGAUUUUGGUAGUACCGUGUUUGAUGACCGGAUUCACAAUUCCAUUGCUUCCACAAGGCAUUACAGAGCACCCGAGAUUAUUUUAGGUUUAGGAUGGACCUAUCCGUGUGACCUGUGGAGUGUAGGUUGUAUACUUGUUGAACUUUGCACGGGUGAAUCGCUUUUCCAGACACACGAUAACUUGGAACAUUUGGCAAUGAUGGAGAGAGUGUUGGGGCCUCUUCCUGAUCAUAUGGUUCAACAGGCAAAUCGAGGUGCGCAGAAGUAUUUUAAAAGAUCAAGAUUGAAUUGGCCCCAAGGGGCAGUGUCAAGGGAGAGCAUCAGAUCAGUUAAAAAGUUGGACCGGCUUCAGGAUCUUGUAUUGAGGCAGGUGCAAUCCUCGAGAUCAUCAUCUUCAUCGUCCCUGAUUGACUUGUUACAGGGCUUGUUGAAGUUUGAUCCAUCCGAACGUCUCACGGCCAAAGAGGCACUUAAGCACCCAUUCUUUAGAAAUCCAGCCACCUGAGAAAAUGUGGUGGUCCUUGUUUUAUCCCUAGUUGAUAUUGUUGCUUUUCAGUUUAGAGAAUUUUGAUCUGUAUUGAAUUGGUGGCUCCUCACCUUUACAGUUGCUUUACAGUGUGUGUAACGAGUUUUUUAAACUGUGUCAAUCAAUAAUAGUUCUUCCAUGUAAACAUAGAGCUGUGAGAUGGAUUAACGUCAGAAUAUUAAUGGGGCUGACUGCUGAGGCGAUGAUAGGUGUUUUAUAGCAAGUGCAACUGUGCAAGGUGAUACCUUUUUUUACAUCAAAACUUAAAAGUAAGAGUGUUUAUGGACU